AUGAUUUAUAUAAAAUUUCCGUCAUAUAUAUUUUGGUUUCUAUUUUUGAUUUUAUUGAAUUUGACAUUUACAGAUAGGAGUACAUUUGAAUAUAUAAGAUUAAUUGAUAUAUAUUUUAAAAAUUUACAUGAAUAUAAUGGAAUAAAUAAAUUAUGUUGUGUAAAAUCGUGUAAUAAAAUAUUUGAUCAGCGCAUAUUAGGUGAAGAAGAAAGUAUUUAUGAAAGUGAUGAUGAAAAUAAAAAAACAAAAUUAACAGGUUUAAUUAAUUUAAGUAAAAUAUUGAAUAAAAUUAAAAAGAUAACUUAUAAGGAUGAAAAUUUAUUAAAAAGUGGAAGCAACUUAAAUAUAAAAGAAAAUAAAGAAUUUAAUUAUAAAAGAAAAGUGAAAAAUAAUGAUAUUAAUGAUAAUGAACAAUAUAUUGCUGAAUUAAAGGAUAAUAACCAUUCAAAAAAUAUUUAUAAUUGGAUGGAUGGUUACAAAUUAAUGGUUAAGAUGUUAGGCUUAUCAAAUAAUUUUUCGAUAAACGGAGUAAAAUAUUCUGAUUGGGAAUUAAUUCCUAUAGCAACAAUUUCUUACAAUAAAGAAAAGUUUCGAGUUCAAGAAAUGUUUAAAACAGUUAUUACAUCAAAAAAUGAUGAAAAUAAAAGUAAUAUAGGUUUAUUCAUAAAAAAAAUACCAAUAGAUAUAUGGUUAGAGCAACUUGAAAUGAUGGAAUUAUAUAAUGGUGAAUAUUUAGUAAAUGCAGAAAAUUAUGUAAUGGAAGCUUCCAUAUUAGCUUUUCUAAAUGAAUAUUAUCAAGGAUUAAUAGCACCUAAAUUAUAUAAAAUAUUAUAUGAAGAAAAUUAUGAAGAAAAUAAUAAAGAAAAUAUUUUUCCGCAGUAUAUGUUUAAUGAAAAGAAUGAACUUGAUAUUAAUCAUUUACAUGAAUUUAAAAAAAUUUUAAAAGAAAGAAUAAAUAAGAAUGUAAAUGGAUAUAUUGUAAUUGUAUCUGAAUUAUAUGGUCAAAAUGUUUUAGAAUAUAUGGGAAAAAUAAAAAAGGAACAUAAUAUUAUACUAAGUGAAAGGGAAAAAAAAAGAAUUCUAUAUGAAUGCUUAAAAUUAUUAAUAAAGUUACACAAUGUAGGAAUAGCUCAUCUUGAUAUAUCCAAAGAAAAUAUUUUAAUGACAGAAGAUUAUAAAUUUCUUUUAUGUGAUUUUUGUAAAAGUACACCUAUAUAUACAAAAACGUUAAGACACGUAAAAGAAGUGAAUCAUAUAUGUUUAUUUGAAUCAUGUGUACCAAAAGUUGGAAAAAUUUCAUAUGCACCUCCUGAAUGUAUACAACUUCGUAAAAAAUAUGAGGAAAUGGGUAUAAAAAACCCUUUAUCUGAUUUAAAUUAUAUUAAAGAUAUUGAAGAAAGAAGGAAAUAUUAUUUUAACGUUAUAAGUGCUGAUAUAUAUAUGCUAGGAGUUCUUUUUCUUAGGAUUUGGAAUAACAAACCUUUAUGGCUCAUUGCAAAUAUAGAAGAAGAUGAAAAUUUUUCCAAAAUCUUUAAGGAAGAUAUGAACAUAGAUUUAUUUAUCAUAACAAAAAAGUGGCCUAAAGAAUUUAAAAAGAUAAUUCAGCAAUUAUUGCUCAUGACCUCUAGGAAAAAUUUAAGUUUAAAAGAGUUAAGUAAAAAUCCAUGGUGGAAAGAAUAA